AGAAUAUUAUUGUCUUGUCAGUUGUCUGCAAAACAAUAUUCCGAUUACGUUUUCGCUUCAACUGGCGUGAACCAAAGCCCAUUAGGGUUUGGGGAUUCGCCAUUUCCAAUUUCAUCUCCUCUAUGAUCACCCUCUUACUCCUUCAAAUUCCCAUGGUCUUGCUUGCUCAGUUCUUCACGUUUCAGCUUCAAAGGGAUCAUCAAUGCAGCUGUUUUGGUUGGGUUUCAUGUGAUUCCUGUGGUUCUGUUCCAUUGUAGUGAGGAUCUUGAGGAGGCUUUUGCUGAAGGCUGAGAGUCUGUGACGAUGCCUUCUACAGCUAAUCAUGGCCCUUCUUCGUCAUUUUCCUCGUUUGGCCGAUCCUUAUUUGGUGUCAGGCAGGAACAGGUUCAUUCUGUGGAAGCAAGCAAUGAAUCGGAUUCCUGUAAUUUAGAGCUUGGAUCAUUCCAAAAACGUGUUGCUGAUCGGUUUCAUGACCUUUCUGGGGUUAGUGAUGAUGAAUUGCUAUCAAUUGAUUGGAUCCAGAAGCUCCUCACUGCAUUUAUCUGCUGCCAAGAGGAAUUCAGAGCCAUUUUGUUGAAUAACAAAGAACAGGUCUCAAAGACCCCCCUGGAUCGUAUGAUUUCUGAAUUCUUUGACAGGUCAGUGAAGGCACUUGACAUUUGCAACGCGAGCCGUGAUGGGAUUGAGAAGAUUCGGAUGUGGCAAAAGCAUCUGGAAAUUGUGAUUUGCGCCAUGGGUUCAAAUAAGAGAUCAUUGACUGAAGGCCAGUUCCGGAGGGCAAGAAAGGCGCUGAUGGAUUUAGCAUUGGCGAUGCUUGAUGAGAAAGACUCCGGAGCGGUUCUUUCUCAGCGUCAUAGAUCAUUCGGGAGGCAUAACUCAAGCAAGGAUCAUCACUCAGCAGCAGGGCAUUCAAGAUCACAUUCAUGGAGUGUCUCUCGUUCCUGGUCCGCAGCCAAGCAACUGCAGUCCAUUGCAAGUAACCUGGUUCCACCGCGUGCGACUGAGAUUGCUGCAACAAGCAGGCUCGCAAUUACUGUUUAUACAAUGAAUUGUAUCCUCUUGUUAGUUUUGUGGACCCUUGUUGCAGCAAUUCCUUGUCAGGAUAGGGGUUUAAACAUCCAUUUCUCAGUCCCGCGGCAAUUCUCCUGGAGCACUCCUGUGACCUCACUUUAUGAUCGGAUCAUGGAUGAGUCAAAGAAGCGAGAACGCCGGAACUCAAAUGGUUUGUUGAAGGAGAUCUAUCAGGUUGAGCUAAGCACCCGUCACAUGACAGACCUUGUAGAUUCAGCUCAGUUUCCUUUGACAGAAGAGCAGAAAAUGGAAGUUGAACAGGAUUUGAAGGUGCUGAUGGAUGUUUGUGAAGCUUUUAGAGGUGGAUUGGACCUGUUGGAGCGCCAGGUGAGGGAGGUGUUUCGAAAAAUAAUGACAUGCCGAACUGAGGGGCUUGAUUACCUUGGCACUUCAACCCAUGCAGAGCAAUGAAAAUGGUAGAUUGAUGCUGAGCUAUCAGAUGUACAAAUUUGCGGAACUUGGAACUUGUACAUGUUACAUCUUACCAGCUUUUUGAGAGGAGGAAGAAUGACUAGGCGAGCUUCGCUGAUAAAAUCUUUUAGCUCUCUUAUUUAUAAUGAAUGCGUUGUAUUAAUCUCAGUACUUGUGUAAAAAAAUACUUGUAAGUUGUAUGAUCAAAACAAAAGGGGUGGGGGAAAGAGAAGAACUGAACCUUGUGUUGCAGUUUUUCAACCCAAUCUGUUUUCCCAGAUAUUCAGACAACAUGCAAUAAAAGUUGGGAGAAAGAAGCAAAAAGAGAAAUCAACAGGGAUUGAGUGGAAAUUAGGCAGUUGAUAGAAUAUCUCUCAACCCGUUUGAAAUAAUUUAUUUUGCUGCAUUGUUUUGCUCUUACAA